UAGUCACUGCCAGUUUUUGAAACAUGUGUUUUUUCGAAUGUCAAAACUUCUUAGCAUGUGUCUGAUAUCAUUUUUUUGUAAAUUAAUUUAAGUAAAGAUUUCACGCGAUUUUGGGUUUUGUGUAAUAAUAAACUGAAAUAUUUUGAAGUAGUUUUUGGAUCAAUGUGUCAGCCUAAAGAAGAUACCUGACGGUGACACUCUUUUCAAAAUGAAAAGUAAAUCAACAAAACGCAUCGAGAAUAAGAAGAAGAAAAUGGCAGCGUUGAUAGAAAUCUCCAGACUUAAUGAAUACGACCGAAAUUUGAAGAAAACGCAAAUAAGUGAAGCAAAUGGCUCAAAUUGUUCAGAGCUUGAACCAAGUGUCAAAAAGCCAAGAACGGAAGCUCCCAUUGGAGACAGCAUUGACCAAAAAGUGUGUGUGCCAGAACUGGGGCCUUCAGGGAAACCUAAACUUAGUGGCUUGGAACUACAAGAAUUGAAAAAGAUGUUGCGAGAGAAGACCACGAAAAUGCGUCAGCAACCCGUGUUUAAGCUACGCGACGUGGGGAUAAAUGCCAGUUUAGCAACAGAUCUCGAAAAUCGGGUCCCUUUAUUUCUCGCAGACUUGCAACACUUAAUUAUGUACUCACAACUUGGACACCAUUCACCGUAUUCUCCCGCGAGAUGGUGUGCUUUAGAGAAAUUUAACAGACUGGCGACUACUUGCGUUCUGGUGGUAGAAAACAUGACUUUAUACCACUACAUGGCGCAUGGUAAUAUGUUCCCAUUUGUGAGUUCAACUUUUGAACAUAAGCUCGAGAUAUUGGCCCCAAACUCUAGUAAUAGCGAUGUUGUUAGGGAGUUGUCAAUGGUGCCUUUAACCGGGACACAAGUGAAGAAGUUUUGUACUCAGUAUGGGACUUUGGAAGAAGCGGUGCACAAAAGUUCGGAAGUUUUUGAUACAGUGCGUAGUCUUUUUCCUAUUGAGAAAGAUAAAGAGGGGAAGAACCAAUUAUAUCCUGACUUGCCACCCACAGAUCGGUUUCCUAGGACUCAGUUAUUGCUCUCAGGGUGGCAAAUGGUUGAAGAGAAUUUUCCAUUACCAAUCAAGGGCCUUAUGGAGAAUAAAUACGCCGGCUAUGUCUUGACUAAAGACAGAUAUGAAGACGUAACUCCACACAGUAAGAUGUUUGGCAUUGAUUGCGAAAUGUGUAAAACCACUAUUGGAGACCUCGAAUUAACUAGAGUGUCAGUAGUAGAUGAAGACUUAAACACGUUUUAUGACACUUUGGUCAAGCCAGAGAAUAGAAUUACUGAUUAUUUGACUCGAUUUUCUGGCAUUACGUACAAAAUGAUGAAAAAUAUUACAACUAGAUUACAAGACGUGCAAGAAGAUCUUAGAAGAAUAUUGCCUGCUGAUGCUAUUUUGGUUGGUCAGUCUUUAGGAAACGAUUUACAUGCUCUGAAAAUGAUGCACCCUUAUGUAAUCGAUACUAGCGUUAUUUAUAAUAUAACUGGUGACCGCGUGCGGAAAACUAAACUCAAAACUCUGACAGAGGAAUUUCUUUCUGAGAGAAUUCAGGAAGGAAAAGGUGGCCAUUGCUCAACUGAGGACAGUAUGGCAUCGUUAAAAUUGGCUCAACUCAAGCUGACGAAAAGUUUAUAUUUCGGUGAUGCAGUGAUGGGGAACUUGCACAGUGAAAUUAGGACUUGUCCCGAGUUGGGGACUUACAAUUAUGCUACUAGUAUGUUGAAGCAAACGACGAAAGUGGAUAAGACGGCGGUGGUUGUGGGUCUUAAUGAAAUAACUUCAAAAUAUAAAUAUUGUGUAGAUAAAGAAUUGAAAGUGCAACAACAAAAUGAGAAAAUUAAGUAUUUUUCUGAAAAAAAUUGUAAAGAAGUUGUUAAGAAAAUGUGUGAUUCUAUGGGUAUGUUUUCUUUAAAUAUUGGACAUGUGAAACUACAAGAAGGACAAUUGGAAGGAACAAAGGUGUUUAAAAAUGUUGAUAAGUGGGUGAAAGAAAUUUAUGAGAAUAUAUCGACACCUGGACUUGUGAUUGUGUUGUUCUCGGGAGUUGAAAGAAGUAACGGUUGUUGCUUUAUACAACUCAAGAGAGAUGUUUAAAUCCUGUCAAAUAAAUGUUUUUCAUUUAA